AUGGAUAUUUCUAUGAAAAGAAGAACUCUGCUUAAGGUCAUUGUCCUUGGAGAUAGUGGGGUGGGAAAGACGUCUUUGAUGAAUCAAUAUGUGUACAAGAAGUUCCAUCGACAGUAUAAAGCUACGAUCGGUGCUGAUUUCGUCACGAAGGAACUUCAGAUUGAUGACAAGUUGGUGACUUUGCAAGUUUGGGACACAGCGGGGCAAGAAAGAUUUCAUAGUCUUGGAGCUGCGUUUUAUAGGGGAGCGGAUUGCUGUGUUCUUGUGUAUGAUGUGAAUGUGAGCAAAUCAUUUGAAACACUUCAGAACUGGCAUGAAGAGUUUCUCAAACAGGCUGAUCCGACUGACCCCGAGGCAUUUCCCUUCGUAUUACUUGGAAACAAAAUCGAUGUAGAUGGUGGAAACAGCCGAGCGGUUUCUGAGAAGAAGGCUAGAGAGUGGUGUGCUUCAAAGGGAAACAUACCCUACUUUGAGACCUCCGCGAAAGAGGAUUAUAAUGUCGAUGAAGCGUUUCUAUGCAUUGCGAAAACAGGAAUGAUCAAUGAACAUGAACAAGACAUUUACUUCCAAGGUAUUUCAGAAACUGUUUCAGAAGCAGAGCAAAGAGGAAGCUGUGCAUGCUAA